AUGGCGAACCGGCGGGCUCUGCGGCGGGGGUCAGUGGGCCAGCUGGGUCGCCGUGCGGAGCCGGCGAGGCAGGAUGAGGGCGGCCUCGACGAGGACGUGCUGGUGCCGGAGGAGCUCACCGGCGAGUCGCUGACCGGCCCGCAGACGUCCUUCAUCUUCUUCAACUACGGCGCGGCGCUGUCGCUGCUGGUGUACCUGACCAUGGGCGUGGGUUACUUCUACGGGCCGUACUCGGUGGACGCGCUCCUGGCGAGUCGGCGCCGCGACCAACGCCUGCAUUUCCUCAAGCACAAGCUGAACCAGACGGAGGAACAGCUGGCGGCCGCCGCAGAAGACGACUACGGCCUCUUCGUCGGCGAGGAGGCCUUCAGCUUGAUCGAGCCCAGCGGCUACGGCCAGCAAGUCGGCGCCAACGGCAGCUUCGUGGAGUCGUUCGUGGGGGAAGGAGGCUACGACGCUUACGGCGGCGGCGAAUUCAGCUACGACGUGGGAUACGGCGGUUACGACGGCGGGGAUGCCGGCUACGUCAUUGGGGAGGCGGACGCCGCGGGCUCGAGUUCGUUCGUGACGUACGGCGGGCCGCAGUACCAGACGGUGCGCCGGCGUGGGCAGCGCCAGCCUCCGGGCGGCGGCCGGCCGGUCGUGGGCAGGCCAGGACGACCGUACUUCACCGUCCAAUCACGGGCCGGCAGGCAGCCUGGCGUAUGGGCGGCGAACCAGCCAGGCCGGUUCGGCCAGGCUCUGCUGAGCAGGCGUGCCCUCGGUGGGCCGCGGGUUCGCGCGGGCGCCCCGGCCACCCGGAGACACGGCUCCGGGGCUGCGGAAGCUCGUGGACAGGCGUCGUUGCUUCGGCGGGCGCAGCCGGCCGUCCGUCCGAAGUCUGCGUCACGACCCCCGCCAGCGGCGCCAAAGAGUCAGAGCCGGCCGCCAGCCAUGCUUCAGUCAGGACCCUCUCAGCGGCCUACGGUCGGGGACGGACACAGCCAGGAACUCUCCAACCGGGUCCUGAGAACUGUGACGGGAUGGCCGACUGUCCAGCAGAGCAAGGCCGUGGCUCAGCCUGCCCUGGCCAGUGUAGGGGCUCCUGUGGGAAGUACUCGUCGGAUAAACAAAACAAGACGUCCGGACGGUCAGAUUGACCUGACACGGCUGGUGAGGGCGGUGGACAUGGACCACCCGGAGUGUCGCGCCUGGGUCCGCUGUCUGCAGGAAGCCCACCGCCCGUCACCGCCGCCCGGCCAUGGCCGUCGCCGUGAGGACGCCUGCGACCGAUUCGCCGUCACCUGCCCGUCGAAGCGGAGCGGCGACCAGCCGCGGUCGACGGUCAGGCAGUCGGCCGCUGCACGACCCGGCCCGCCCUGACCUGGCCGGCGGGGAGCCAAGGUCGACGGUCAGGCCGCUGCACGA